GUUUGAUUUCCAAUCCGUGGGACAACUUAACUACAACAUGAUUUGGCUGUUACUGUCCGCUGCCGUUGUGUCACUGGGAAGCUGCCAGGAUGUACAGGAAGUAGCGUUCACCGCCGCCCUCACGCAACACCUCAACCUGACGAACGCCGAGAAGGUCAAAUACGACACCGUUUUCACGAACGCUGGUGCCGGCUUUGAUAGCAGUACCGGCGUCUUCAAUUGUCCUACUUCCGGAAUCUACGUCUUCCAGUUCCACACACUAGCCCGUAUGAGCAAAUCCGCUUGGUUGGAACUCUACCACAACACCUUGUACAUUGCCUCAGUGUACGGUCACACAUCGGGCGACUAUGCCAUGGCCGGUAACUCUGUAAUCCUGGAAGUCAACAAGGGCGAUCAGGUGUACGUGAAGGCUGUUCACCCCGAUUACGGCUAUCCAACUGAGUUGUACGGACAGCAGGACGACGUGUACAGUACAUUCACAGGAUAUCUUCUGGCGCCCCUCAUCAACGACGCCCCAGUUGUCGGGAAAUAUGUGAUGGGGAGCAUCUCAGAUCUCAAUAUGGCCACCUGGUGCACCCCAGAUGUGAUGGGGAGUAUCUCAGAUCUCAAUAUGGACACCUGGUGCACCCCAGAUGUGAUGGGGAGUAUCUCAGAUCUCAAUAUGGACACCUGGUGCACCCCAGAUGUGAUGGGGAGUAUCUCAGAUCUCAAUAUGGACCCCUGGUGCACCCCAGAUGUGAUGGAGAGUAUCUCAGAUCUCAAUAUGGCCCCCUGGUGCACCCCAGAUGUGAUGGGGAGUAUCUCAGAUUUUUAUUAUUAUCUCAACAAUGCUUAUCUUCGUCGCGACCUACAGAGCUAUCUAGUACAGCUUUCAUCAAACGAAAACGCAAUGAUCUGCCUUUUGUUGACAGCUUCUCUCCUGGGCUUUGCUGCGGCCCAAGGCCAGGGCAAUGAUCCGGACGCUGUUGCGUUUUCUGCCGGCCUCACCCACAACCAGACAAUCCACCACGCUGUAAACGUCGUAUACGACCGCGUCUACGUGAACGUCGGUAACGGAUACAACAGCUCUAGCGGCGUCUUUACUGCUCCGACCAGGGGGUACUACGUAUUCCAGUUCCACGCACUGACCCAUCUGGACAAGUCUUCCUGGCUCACCCUGAACAAGAACGACAACUAUCUUGUCUCCAUCUACGGCCACACCGCCGCUGAUUACGCCUCUGGAGGAAACUCCGUUGUCCUCCUCCUCAUCAAGAAUGAUAAGGUGUUUGUCCAGGCAGUAGACGAGCAGUAUGGUGAUGCCACAGAUCUGUAUGGCGAGGUUGACGAGGUUUACUCCACCUUUAGCGGCUAUCUGAUCGCCAAAGUAUACCAGGAGCCGGCUGUGGUGGGAUAAAGUUGGGCACUGGCUGAUAUGACCGGGCGUUAAUGCGGAGAUAAUUAGUAAACUUAGGUGUUUGAUAAGUAAAUAAAAGUGACAUUGAA